GAAACUCAUUUCACAUUCCACACUCUUCAAACGCAGCACCGACUGCCGUUUCCCUCACUCUCACCUAAAAUUCCGAUCCAAUCAUCGGCGUUGCGCUAAUCGGAGACGAAAUUACGCGGCGGAUUUUCAAUCCGAUCGAUUCGCAGAAGGAGGAGCUUCGUUUCGGUGUGAGAAAUGGCGAAUCAGUUGGGGAAUUUGGUGGAGGUGAUAAGAUCGAAGGUCCGAUUGCUGAAGAAGUCGUCGAACUCGAAGAAGAAGCCGUACAUAAAAAUGGACAAGAGCGCGAGUGUGAAGGUGGAGAUCCGCAGCCGGCAGGCGAGGAAAAUCAUCGACCGGACUCUCAAAACCGCCGAUCGCCCUGGCAAGAAGCAUCUCCCCUGAUUCCUCGCACUUUUAAUUAAUUAUUUGUAUUAUGUAUAGGAGUUUGGAUUUUCACAGCAGAUGCCUCUCUUUGGUAAACUGAAUCAGUAGUCAAAAUUGCAUAAAAAACUGUUUUAUUCUCUUGAUUUGAAUAAUCUGAUACAUAUUUGCUAA